ACACAACCGCCAAGAUGUCGAAGCCUUUUGAUCCAGAGACGGCGGAGAACUUUGAGGAUAUGGAGAAGCAGUUUGCCGUUAAGGGUUGGUCCGGACAUCUCUUAUUCGAACUCGUCCCAUGACUCACGAUUAUGCAGCCGUGGAACAUCUGAUGACAUAUUGGUCGAUUCUGGAGAAGGUCCCCGGCUCGAAACUCCGCCUGACCAAGAUGGACGAUGAAAUCCUCGAGUCUUUCCAGAAGGAAUUCCCCGACUUCGACCCUGCCGAGACGCUCAAUGAGGACAAGAUGAAGAGCAAGGAGGGCAAGGAGAAGUGGCGUAACUGGAUCAACCAGUACGAGAAGAUUAUCGAGGACUUCAACUUCGGUACCAUGCUGCGUGCUAGCCCCAAGGUCGAAUACGACAGAGAUACCACGAUCUUCGCCAUGCGUAUGCAGUUUUACGCCAUCGAGAUCGCUAGAAACCGUGCUGGCCUCAACGAUUGGAUCUACGAGCGCGCGCAGAAGGCCAACAACUAAAUGUGAAAGCUGCGCUUCUUAUCUGGGCCGUGCAGGAACGGCGGCUAGACGGAAUGGUUCAUCCGGGCCUUUACCGUCCUUGCUUUGCUAGCGUCAAGAGACUAUGCAGUGACUCAAGUCCUUGAGUUCGACAGCCAUCAUUUACUACCAUGGCCCAUAGGUCUCCUCCGGGUGGUCCAGCAUAGCGUAUAUGACCCUAUAAAAGAGUGGGGAUAGCCCCUCCACAGGGCGACCUAGGGUGCUACUACCGGAGUGGAUACCUGUACAUAUAACGAGCUGAAUCGAUGCUUUGGAAUGCAGUGAUGGAUAGAAAGACGUGUGAUUGACC